AUGGAUGAGCUGCACCAGGCAUGGGGACUCAGCACCCUGGAGUGGGGCUCAGGACCACGAAGGCAGCUCUCUGAAGAACCCACUGCGCGCGCCCGCAGCUUGGAGCCCCGUGCGGCCGCCGCCCGGGAGCUGCUCUUGGCUGCACUGCAGUACCUAAGCCAAGACCAGGUGAAGCGCUUCCUCCUCAAGCUGCGGGACGCGCGUGGACGGCUGGAGCACGCGGUCGCCGUGGACCUUGCGGACCAGCUGACCCACUUCUACGGGCCAGAGCCCGCGCUGGACGUGACCCGCAGGACCCUGAAGAGGGCUGACGUGCACGACGUGGCGGCUCGGCUCAAGGCGCAACGGCUGCAACGGCUCGGCCCCAGCUCCGCGGCGCUGCUCACCGUGUCGGAGUUUCAGAAGAAAUACCGCGAGCGCGUGCUGCAGCAGCACGCCGAGGUGAAGGAGCGCUUCACCAAGCUGCUCAUCGCGCCCGAGAGCGCGGCCCCCGGGGAGAAGGAGGUGGCGCUGGGGCCUGCGGAGAAGCCCAAGCCGGGGCGUGCGUGGCGCUCGGACACACGCACCUUCAGCCGGCUGCUCAGCAGCGACGCCGAGGGCCCUCGGCCGCCGACAGUGCUGCUGCAGGGCCCGGCGGGCAUCGGCAAGACCAUGGCGGCCAAAAAGAUCCUGUACGACUGGGCAGCGGAGAAGCUGUACCGCGGCCAGGUAGACUUCGCCUUCUUCCUGCAGUGCCGCGAGCUGCUGGAGUGGCCCGGCGCGCGCAGCCUGGCCGACCUCAUCCUGGACCAGUGCCCGGACCGCGGGGCGCCGUUGUCGCGGAUGCUGGCUCAGCCGCAGCGGUUGCUCUUCAUCCUGGACGGCGCGCUCGAGGCCGCGCCCUGCACGGAUUCCUUCGAGGCUGCUAGCGGUGCGCGGGUGCUGGGCGGGCUGCUGCGCAAGGCGCUGCUGCCCUCAGCCCGCCUGCUGGUGACCACGCGCGCCACCGCCUCCGGAAAGCUGCAUUUCGGCCUGUGCGCGCCGAAGUGCGGCUUUUCCGCCAGAGACAAGAAGAAAUACUUCCACAAGUUCUUCCGGGAGGAGCGCAGGGCCGAGCGUGCCUACCGCUUCGUAAAGGAGAACGAGACGCUGUUCGCCCUGUGCUUCGUGCCAGCCGUUUGCUGGAUCGUGUGCACCGUACUGCGCCGGCAGCUGGAGCUGGGCCAAGACCUGUCACGCACCUCCAAGACCACCACGUCUGUGUACCUGGUCUUCCUCGCCAGCGCGCUGAGCUCCGUGGGCGCCGAGGGGCCCGGUGUGCGGGCGAAGCUGCCCAAGCUACGCCGCCUGGCCCGGGAAGGCGUCCUGGGGCACAAGGCGCAGUUUUCCGAAGGGGAUCUGGAGCGCCUGGAGCUUCGGGGCUCCGUCGUCCAGCACUUUCUUAUCAAGAAGGAGCUGCCGAGCGUGCUGGAGACUGAGGUGAUCUACCAGUUCAUCAACCAGAGCUUCCAGGAGUUCUUUGCCGCGCUGUCCUACCUGCUGGAGGACGUGGGGGCACCCGGGGUCUCCACAGGCGGCCUGGAGACGCUGCUGUGCCUGGGCUCCGAGGGGCGCAGCCACCUCAUGCUCACCACACGCUUCUUCUUUGGGCUUCUGAACAUGGAGCGUGUGCAGGACGUCGAGCGCCACUUCGGCUGCGUGGUCCCAGCCCAUGUGAAGCAGGAUGCCCUACGAUGGGUGCAGGGGCAGAGCCACCUCAGGGUGGCGUCAGAGGGAACAGACGGGACCAAAGGGCUCAAAGACACGGAGGAGCCAGAGGAGAAGGAAGAAGAGGAAGAGCCCAACUUCCCUCUGGAGCUGCUGUACUGUUUGUACGAGACCCAGGAUGAGGCUUUUAUGUACCAGGCCCUGAGCAGUCUCCCUGAGCUAAUGCUGGAGCGUGUGUGCUUUCAUCGCAUGGACCUGGAUGUCCUGAGCUACUGCAUGCGGUGCUGUCCCGCUGGACAGGUGCUGUGGCUGGUCAGCUGCAGCCUGAUGGCUGGACAGGAAAAGAAAAGGAAGAGGAGCCUGGUGAAACGGCUCAAGGGUUCUCAAGCUGCCAUGAAGCAGCUCCGGGUCUCCCCAUUGCAUCCACUCUGGGCCAUGACUGACCUUCGGUGUGGCCUGAGCAGCCUGACGAUGUCCCGCUGCAAACUCCCUGACAGGAUCUACCGAGACCUCUCUAUGGCCCUGAGGGCAGCCCCUGCCCUGACCGAGCUGGGCCUCCUCCACUGCAGGCUCAGAGAAGCUGGUCUGCGUGUGCUGAAUGAGGGCCUGGCCUGGCCCCAGUGCCGGGUACAGACACUCAGGGUGCUGCUGCUGAAGCCUCUGGAAGCCUUCCAGUGUCUGGUAGCCCUGCCCUGGCAGAGCCCUACCCUCACCACCCCGGACCUCAGCGGCUGUUACCUGCCUGACCCCAUGGUGACCUACUUGUGUGCAGCCCGGCAGCACCCAGGAUGCAGCCUGCAAACCCUCAGUCUGGCCCCUGUGGAGCUGAGUGAGCCAUCGGUGCAGGAGCUGCGGGCCAUGAAGAUACCAAAGCCCAGGCUGGCCAGCAUCCGCCUUGGUCCUCCCGAGGGAGUCGUCAGUGCCCUCUGAGGCCCAGAGCAUGAAGCAGACGGAGGACUCGCAGGUCAGAGCCCGGAAGAAGUCCUUCCUGCUGGAAGGGCAGGAGGUGGAUGCAGAGUAGAGACCCCCCGGGGUGGGAACCUUGAUGGCCCUGACACACUGACAAUGAAUUGUCCAGUAGAUUCUUUUUCAUUGGCUUCUGUUGCAUUGGCGAAGCAUCCCAGCAGGUACUGACUGUCUUUCACCAACCCACCUGUGCAGGACACAGCUCAGUCCAUGGGCACCACUGGGGAAGCAGGCUCAGCAGCUGGCCUGACUGCAGAAAGCAAGAAGCACCCCAGAAGCCCCAGUCUCCUCUGCCGGGCUCUUUGGGCUCUUUCCAUUUUCGGGCUCCAGACUGGGUGGAGAGUACCCUGGAGUGGACCUCUCACUCCCCAGGGGAAAUUCCCUCCAUUACCACUUUGUAAAUCCAGUCUUUUAUUCCCAAAACAGAAAAAACCCUGCCCUCUUAAGGCAGCAUUCUAGAUAGAAGACAGAUAAUAAACAUGCAGGCAACAUGCAAACAGCACAGUAAGUACACAUGAUAGAAAAUACAGUAGAUACUGUACAUGUGAUACAUAAAUACACAACACAGUAAAUAUAGGAUACUUUUUUUUUUAACAGUACUUGGGAUCGAACUCAGGGCCUUCACACUGAACUAAGUCCCUAGCUCACUUUUAUUUUACUUUUUUAAUUUUCAAACAGGCUCUCACUAAGUCCCUAAAGUGGCUCAAACUUGCACACUUCCUAGAGUACUGGGAUUACAGGCGGGCACCACUAUGGUGGCACUUUUUUUUUUUAAUCCAGACAAGAUUUGUCCAUGUUGCAAAAACGCUGGCCUCAAACUUAUGACC